AUGCCAGUGAAGAGGUACUACUCGUCCUCGCACACUCCGCCCAGCAGGGUUGCAGAGCGAGCAAAUGUCAUAGGCCAAUUGGACGAUCUAGUAGACGGAUACUCUUCAGAUUCGCCGUCAAGUGUGUAUGACAUUUUAUCUGACAGUGAAACGCCGAUAUUGACCAAACGUCAGCGCCAGAUGGCGCCGCGGAGGAGCACAUCAUCACAGACGGCAAGGAAGAAGAGAGCGGCGUCUACUUCGGCGGCAGCGCAGAAGGCGAUACCAGAGAAGAGGCAGAAGACCGUCGAGCCUGCUGAGCCUGCUGAGCCUGUCGAGUCUGUUAGUGAAGCUACGGCUUUACCCACAAAGUCAUUGAACCAGUUCAAAUCUACAGUCCGGUUCAUCAUUGGACCAGACGAGGAGGAAUUCCAGGUACAUUCGUUUUUGCUGGAAUCUACUGGGCUUGCAAGCCUCUUCGAAGUAGAGAACUCUACAGGUCCAGUCAGGCGCCGGGAUAUAGACUCCAACACAUUCACCAACUUUGUGGAAUGGCUCUAUAGCACCUACAUGCGGCCUGGAGUGACUGUGGACACGAAUGUGGAAUAUGGCAAAGUGAUCGCCUUGUAUUGUGUUGGCCAAAAGCUGGGAGGAGGAGAAAGCUGGAAGGUGCUGGUCAUGAAGCAGAUGCUUGAGCUAUUUGAUCAGGCAGGGCGAAAGGUCCCUGGCCAGUUGGCUUCCGUGAUCUACGAGAGAUUCCCCAAGGGAAACGAAAUGAGACACCUAUGGGUGACCUUCAACGUGCUUGGUGAGGCGGAUGGAGAAUGUACCAAUAUCGAAUUCCUGCAGGACCUGAACCAGAUGCAACGACGCGUGAUACAAGAACACAAGCCAGACAUGGAAGACCUGCUGCAGCCAUUCAGGAAGCCAGAGCAGGCAAAUGGCGCGUCGACACCAGGCCAUCAAUUGCCCUCGCGGAACGGCACAGCGACCCAGUAUGUUAAAAGGCUUGCUGAAACGCAGGCUCAACAACAGGAGAGGCAGUUACAGCUGCAGCUACAGCCAGAAUCGACGCCUCAGCCAAACAGGGUAGGGAGGACAGAGCCUGGCUCAACACCAACACCACCACCAAACAUCUCGGGUUCUGGCUCGGGUCUUAGGAGUCAAAAGAGCCGUGAGAUUACGACCUGUGAGGAUUUAUUGAGGAAAUUCCAAACCGGCCAACCAAGGGGAAAUGCACCGUGA